GCACAGGAUAUCAUGAAAUGACCAGCAAAAACCGACCAUGAAGUUCAACGGACGAUUUGAAGGAGAACAAGAUCUUUAUCCCCUACAAAUAUGUUUUGUCGACAAAGUGGAUGGCAAGAUCCUAGAAGCUGCAAUGAAAUUUGAUCUACCCAUUCUUGAAUCAGAUUCAAACAACAACGACAUGGCAGAACCUUUAACUCGCACUAUAUAUGUUUUCAACGACUUUGAGGAUCAUAAAAUGUUUCCUAUAAUUGAAAAAACUCCAAUAACAUGGAUUCUCGGUCCAACAGCUUUAGAGGAAAUAUCUCGAAACCCUGAUUUGGAGCUGAGAUCCAAACCUACAUUCUGUACUUUCCUGUAUGGGUUGGUAUUUUACAUCAACUGCCCUGAGAAUGUUUCAUUGAUGAGACGUCUGGUAAGACUGAUCAAGUGGAUGGGUGGAAGGUUCUCGAAUAGACCCAGCAGGCGCACAACCCAUAUGAUUUCUACCCGUGCCAUAGCUGAGGGCUACACAUACUGCAUAACCUUUGACGUCCCCAUCCUCACUCCAGAUUGGGUAGAAUACUGCUGGCUACAUAGGGGCUUACCUAACUUUGAUAUCACUAAAGAUAUGAAUACCUUCAGACUUAAAAUGUGCGCUGGUCUUUACAUUGCCUUCAAAGGACCUUCAACAGAAGAGUUGAAGGAAUUGGAAUCUGCAGCAACAACAAAUGGAGCAGUUAUAGUGCAGCUUGAUGAUUUACGUUGUACCCAUUUGGUUGUUUCGCAUGAUGUGGAAAUUCAUUUGAACCUCUCAGAUAUUCCGACUCACAUCAACUUUGUAGUCCAAGAAGAAUGGUUCAUGGCUACAAUCAGGCGACAGCACAGAGUUUCGGAGGACCAGUAUCUUUGCUUCCCUACAAGGGAAAUAAAAAAAAAGCUCUGGCAGAAAAUGGGUGCUGAUAAAAAAUCCAUCGAUAGUAAGGAAAGGCCAACGUUUGAUCAAUCUUUACAUGACGUUUCAGAUAAAAAUAGAAAAAAGGAAAUACAAGAUGUAAAAAGGAAGUAUGCAUUUGAGGAUUUAUAUUUCAAAGAGAAGAACUAUGUUUGCUGUUUGAAACAUCUGUGUAAGAUGCAGGAUUUGGCUACCAAUCGACUUCAUCAUGAUGGGGCGAUUCUGAACGAACCUGAGGCAAAAGCAAUUUUUGGAAAUAUAGCAGACCUGGUCAAAGUUCACCAAGAAUAUUUGGAUUAUUUAGAAAAAACUCUGAAAAAUUGGGAAAAUGAUGCUAUAACAGUUCAUCAACUAGUAAUAUCUAAAGAUGAGCUAUUGAAACAGUACAUUAUUUACACAGCAAACUACAAGGAAAGUGUGAGACUUUUGGAAGAGAGUGAGAGAACAAACAAGCGUUUUAGGCAGCUGCUAGAAAACUUUAAACUUGGAAAUAAGGAACACCCAAAAUAUAUUUUUAUUCGUCCUAUCCAAAGAUUAUGUAGUAUUGUCUUGCAGAUUCAAGAGAUACGAAAAUACACAAGAGAGAACAACCCUGAUAUGGAAUUUUUGGAUACGGCUAUCGAGACAGUAAAAGAUAUUUUGCAGAAGAUAAAUAAAACUCAAGAACUGGCUGAACAAAUUCAGGAUACCCACGAAAACCAAAACUAUAUGGAGUAUUUGCAAGUGACUCCUUACCAUGGUGAGUUGAUUGUUCAGUUUUCUGCUGUAGAACCCAGUCUUACAGGCACUCUAUCGAAUGUUCAAGUGAUGUUCUUCUUAUUCAGUAACAUCCUAGAGGUAGCCAAGAUAAAAACAAAAUACUUCCAGUUUCAAAAACGGUAUGUGCAUGUGGCAACGAUCCCCUUGUCUAUGAUAAUGAAUGUGAUAGAGUUUGAGGGAGAGGAGGAUGAUAACCAAAAUCUAUUUGGACUAACAGUCAAGACUAGGAAAAAGGAGGGGACUUGUAUUUACUGUUUUAAAUACUCAAGUAAAGAUGGUCUCCAGCUCAAAGAUAUCCUUCAGUUGAUUGCAAAGAGGUUGGUUACAAAGGGUUCAUCACAAUCAUCUGGGAAUUUGAUUCAAUCCCUCCCCAUUUCUGGAACUAGCAUUUGUCAACUUACCAAAUGCAAGGAAAAAACGUUUAACAUUAACCCAGCAAGGGAUCUGUUGAGUGUACCCUUUGGAGACACAAAACAAAACUUAAGAAAAUCUCGAAGUUGUGGUGAUUUAGUUGAUCUCUCAAAUGUGCUUUAAGGAAUUGUGGCCAUAUAAUGGACCUUUCUUGUGCUUUGUGGAGAUGUGGCAAUAAAAUUGACCUCCAAGCUUAAGAACAAGAAGUAACUGGCCUCUUAAAAAAAUAACCCAAAAAGAAUGGUUGAUUUGAAAAACUGUCAAAAGAGGAUAUAGAAGGCUAGUUUCAAGAACUUUAAAGUGCUUUAAAAAAAAUUUAUUUUGAUAUUAAAUAAAGACUACUGUAUUUUAAUGUAUUAGAGACAAUUUUAAAAAUGUGUUUUAACAAUUGUAAGCUAUGUCAAUACACAAAUAGAAAAAAAAUAUGAUUUUUACUAGGCUCAAUGAAUGCUCAA